CUGUACGUCCUUACUUUUAGGCAGCAGUGGAUUCUUGACCGGCAAGAAAUUCUCUACGAACGAGCUGCGGAUUUAAGGAUCUUUUCAGAAGAAGAGUAUCAGAAGAUCGGCAUAUUUUUUACUAAUUUGAUUCAAGCAAUCGGUGAACAGCUGAAAGUUCGGCAGCAGGUUAUCGCGACGGCAACUUCUAUCGAUCCAUUACUACUGUCUCCAACAUGCAUCUUCCUGGCUUCUAAAGUUGACGAAUUUGGUGUAAUAUCGCAAAAUAAGCUCUUGACGGCAUGCCAAAGUUUAGGUAAGUGUUUGGACAGUUAUCUAAAUGGCGCUGAUGCACUGCGAUUCGGUAAUAAGUUACAUGAACUUUUUCUAGUGAAGAAUCGAUACAACUUCUGCUAUCAACAGGAGUUUCCUUAUCGUAUAAAUCACAUUCUCGAAGCCGAGUUUUUUCUCUUAGAAAUGCUGGAUUGUUGUCUCAUCGUCUACCAUCCGUAUCGUCCACUGAUGACAUUCUUUGACGACCUUUCCAAUGACGAAUCUUUGAUUUCGCUGUCUUGGAAAAUCAUCAAUGACAGUUUGAAAACCGACGUUUGUCUGAUGUAUGCCCCCUCGCAAAUCGCUCUUGCUUGCCUUCACAUGGCUUCGGUGAUGCUCGGGAAAAAUCUAAACAACUGGUUUGCUGAGUUGUCUACAGAUAUGGAAAAGAUUCUGGAAAUCAAUCAUCAGCUGUUAGCUAUGUACCAACUAUGGAAGAAUUUUGAUGAAAAAAAAGAAAUGUACGGCUUACUUCAACGGAUACCAAAGUCAAAAAGUCAGCCUUCACGACCUCCGUCUGCUGCCGGAAACAGCAACAGUCAGGACCAGUUGCUAUCUACGCAGCCAACGCCAAAUUCUUGAUU